CUGAACCUCUUGUGCCACAUGGACAUCGUCGUAAAUGGCGUCACCCGUGCUCAACCCGGCCGCCAGGGCCCAAUUCCAGCGUUCAAAGGACAGUUCAACGGGUCAUCCGAUAUUCAUCCCAUACCUCAUAUCCCGUUGCAGGCUGGUCAGCGGAUAGAGAUUGGAGCAACGGUCCCCCAGAUUAAGACGGAAGAGUCCGUCAGUCGACUGCGCACCCACGUUCCGCAUCAAAUCCAAACUGUUGAUAGUCUGACUCCUUGUUCUCCUCGCUUGGACCACCUGUGACUCGUUCUACAAUGCCACCAAAACGUCCGCCUCCUCUACCUCCCUCCUUGUUCGCUCCUUCUGGACCUCUUGCUCCAGGCUCGGCGCCUCUUCCUCCCUCGCCCAGCACCAUCCAUCCUGAAUACAUCAUCGAUGCUCACUCGUUCCCGGAUCGCCCAACGACCGAUCCAAGUCCCAUAUUUGGAGGCCUCAGAGAGGAUUUCCCCAGACCUCCCGUCAAGUCCGCUGUACAGGUCAAGAUGAAUGUAUCUGCAGAGCCGGCUCAAGCCAUCCUCGGCGUCAAACCGUUCUCCAUUCACCCUACUAUCCUAAAUCUCACACUUGCGACCCCACCCUCGAUUACCAACAUUGCAAAGGGAGCUGUUGACAUCAUUGUUCCCUCUACAGCCCCCAUGACGGAAAAGGAGUGGGAUCUACUGGAAGAGGCUGUCAAUGCUCUGGACGGGACAGGGGUGAUGCAGUCAUUGAAUGGAAAAAGUGACGGAAUGGAAGUGGACGGUCCCAGUCCCGUUGGGACGGGAGGGAAGAUAGUCAUCUCUGGCUUGAUGCCACCCCCGAUCACCGCACCGUCGACAAAACUGGUCCACGACGAAGCCUACAAUCUCCAUAUCUCCCGUCUCACUCAACUGUCUCUCCACGCAAACGUUUUCAUCAAAGCUCUCCCUCCAGUCAUUGACACGAAGGCAGUCUCCGUUGGAGAAUGGCGCAGCGACCGUCAGGAGCUGGAGCGAGUCUUGCGCAUGUACCUAUCGCCUGCUAUCGAGGCGUUCGGGACACAUCGAAUCAUUUUUGGCUCUGCCACCGCUCUGCCUCUAAAGGAUCUUGCCAAUGCGACCCUGGCAGAUACCGCCCUCGUCCAACCCAUCCCUUCGGACGAAUGGUAUGCCACGUUGCGUCGGUGUAGCGCUGCGUUAGGCGAGGAGACAGAAGCAGUGACUGCCAUAAUGGGAGCCAAUGCCAUGAGCGUCUAUGGGCUACACACGCCUCCGCAGACAUUCACCAUGCCCGCUGCGCCAAUGUCAGAUGACGAGAAGAUUCCGGCCUUGGCACCGUUCAAGGAUACGCCUGCAGGUGUCAUCUGAAGGGGUCCAUAUUUCAGGACUGGGUUGAUGAGGGGGAUCAGCCUGUGCUAUCUCCAGUGCAGACCAUGUUACAUAACAUCAUGAUUACGAACCAAGAAAGGCCAUCUAUGCAAUGCAGAGACGCGAC